CACAUUAAAAGGCAAAAACUAAGAUACAAGCCACUAAUCACGUCUAAACAACAUUAUAUAGACACACUAUAGCAAACAAUCCAAAACCAAGAAGAAGAAAGAAGAAGAGAUGGGGAGGAAGCUGACCGAGAUGGAGGUGGGCGGCGAUGGCGUGGCCGUCAUCACUAUCGUUAAUCCUCCGAUGAACUUCUUAAACCACAGUGUGUUUUGGAGUUUGAAGGAUAAUUAUGAUGAAGCUUUGAAAAGGGAUGAUGUGAAAGCCAUUGUCAUUACAAGCGAAGGGCCUCAUUUUUCGGGAGGUUUCGACAUUGAAGCCCUUGGAAAUUUUCAAGAACUUGAUGAAGGAAUAAAACUCGAACCGAAAGAAGGCUACUUGGCGAUCGAUGUGCUUACCGAUACUUUUGAAGGUGCUGCUAAACCAUCAGUAGCUGCUAUGAAAGGCCUUGUUAUCGGAGGUGGAUUGGAAACAGCAAUGGCAUGCCAUGCGCGAAUUUCGACUUCAGAUGCUCAUUUAGCUCUACCUGAACUUACAGUUGGGUUCAUUCCAGGACUUGGAGGAACUCAAAGGCUUCCGCGACUCGUCGGACUUCAGAAAGCCCUUGACAUUAUCUUGUUGUCCAAGCCAAUUGGAGGCGAAGAGGCUUACAAUAUCGGUCUUGUUGAUGCUGUAGUUUCAACUGAUGAGUUAGUUAAGAUGGCAAAAUGUUGGGCUCUCGAUAUCGCGGAGUUUAGGAAGCCAUGGAUCAAGAGUCUUCACAAAGCCGAUAAGUUGGAACCCCUUGAGGAGGUGAAGAAAAUGCUGAAUUCUGCCAGAUCUCAAGCUCGAGAGCGAUCUCCUCAUGUUCAUUCCCCUUUGGAUUGUAUUGAUGUGAUCGAAGAGGGUAUCGUCUCGGGUCCUCGCAAUGGACUUGUUAAGGAAUCCAACAUUUUUCAAAAACUUCUCUUCUCUGAAACUUGCAAGAAUUUGAUUCAUGUUGUCUUAGCUCAACGCCGAGCUGCAAUGGUACCAGGGAUCACUGACAUGGGUUUGAUUCCUCGGAAAAUAACUAAAAUCGGUGUCGUAGGGGGAAAUUCAAUGGGCUCUGAUAUCGCAACAGCACUAAUUCUGAAAAAUUACCCAGUGAUACUAAAAGAAGUAGAUGAAAACAUCUUAAAUGCAGGAAUAGAUGGAGUCAAAGAGAAUUUGAAUACUUUCAUAAGCCAAGGAAAAAUGACACAAGAACAAUGUGAGACAGCACUAUCUCUACUCACAGGUGUUCUUGAUUAUGAAUGCUUUAAAGAUGUCGAUAUGGUUAUCGAGACAGUUCUUGAGGAUUUGCCUUCAAAGCAGCAAGUGUAUGCAGAUCUUCAGAAAUAUUGUUCUUCAGACUGUAUAUUGGCCACUAACACUUCUACAUUUGAUCUUAACUUAAUCGGAGAAAGGACCGAGGCUCAAGAUCGUAUUGUCGGGGCACAUUUCUUCAGUCCUGCUUAUGAAACACCACUUCUAGAAAUAGUUCAGACAUGUGAAACAUCUCCACAAGUCAUCAUAGAUCUUCUGGAUAUCGGCGAAAAGAUUCACAAGACCCCCAUUGCAGCCACUAAUGGCUCUGCUGUUGAUAGGAUGUUCAUUCCUCUCACUCAAACAGCACUCUUUCUAGUCGAUCAUGGUCUCGAUGCCUAUAAGGUCGAUGAGGCUUGUACUAAAUUUGGAAUGCCAAAGGGUCCCUUCAGGCUAAUUGAUUUGGUCGGUAUCCGAAUUGCCAUAGCUUCUAGCACAAAAUACCUUGAGAGCUUCCCUGAUAGAUUCUACAAGUCGAGAUUAAUGCAAAUCAUGAUCGACGAUAAGAGGGAAGGCAAGGCCAAUGGAAAUGGAUUCUACAAGUAUGAUGAGAAGAAGGAAGCCAUUCCCGACCCCGAAAUAGUUAAGUACAUUAACAGUUCAAAGAAUAUGAUCAGUGUCACUCCAAACCCUCAGCUGAAGACCACAAUACCACACGAGGACAUAGUUGAAAUGCUCUUCUUUCCGGUUAUCAACGAGGCCUGUCGUGUUCUCGACAAGAGAAUUGCUGUGAAGCCAUCAGACCUUGACAUAGCUUCCAUCAUGGGGAUUGGAUUCCCAGCUCGCAGGGGUGGAGUGAUCCAUUGGGCAGACUCACUUGGUGCAAAUUAUGUAUGCAAGAGAUUGGAGGAAUGGACAAAGGUGCAUGGUGAGUUGUUCUUCAAGCCUUGUGCAUUCUUGAGAGAAAGGGCAGGGAAAGGCAUACCAUUGAGUGCAUAAGGCAGUGGAAGGAUCAUGGCUGUGUUCCUCCAAAAACUAUUUGGGAUCAACUAUAUGACUCGUACCGAAGAGUUGUGUUCCUCCAAAUUAUUUAGGGUCAUCUAUAUGAAUAAUUCUGCUAAAGCUCAUGCAAUGCAAAGGCUGAUAAAAGUCAAAGUAAUAGAUUCAUCAUAUAAAUAAAGUAAUCCCUUAUGUGCUA